AUGCCAGUUUAUAUUGUGGUGAACAGAUGCAAACUAUUCGCUGUGUUUUUACUUUGGCUCGGUCCUUCAGCUGCAGACACACCCACAGAUAAUGCUCCUGUGCUCGAGAAUCUGGAAAACCGGGAGCACGGCUUUGUGGGCUUGGGGGAGGUGGUGAUAGUGAUCCAGAGUCAGAGGAGCUCCUAUCAUGCCCGGCAGGGUUAUCGAAGGAAAAUGGAGAUUCUGCAGCAGGCAGCUAAACUCGGGCAGGGAGUUCCUGUUGUUCUCCUCCUUCACGAGCUGUCAGAAUAUGAAGGAGACUGGAGUGUCCUUCCUGUGCUUCCACGCCUGUCCGCUGUUUACGGGGAAUCGGCGUCCUGGUUUCUCUUCACAGAAGAAGAAACCACGGUCACGCUGCCUGCUCUGCUCCAAAUCUUUUACAGAUUUUCAGGUCGAGAGGAAUGGUUUUUGGGUAAGCGUCUCCAUGACAACAAGGCCUCCAUCAUUCACCACUAUGCCUUCUCUGAGGACCCCAGCUCUUUUGGGUACCCUGACCCUGCAGCAGGCUGGGCUCUUAGUUCUCCCCUUUGUAAAAGACUCGCUGAGAGGAUCCAGUAUGAGAGUCCCAAGUCAGAUUUCACCAUUGAUUUGACACAUGAGAUUGCUUUAUAUGUUUGGGAGGACGGAAACGGUCCAAAGUUGACAGCAGUUCCGGAGUUUUGUACAGAACCGAGAGAUGACUGCGCAACCACAUUUACAACUUACCUGCCCGACUGCGGCAAGCCAAUCUCAAAGAGGAAUUUAUUUGUUGCAGUGAAAACCUGUGAAAAAUUCCACUCAGAGCGAGUACCAGUUGUGAAGUCAACCUGGGAGAAGGAUGCUGGGAUUUUAGAGUACUAUAGUGACGUCAGUGAUGCCUCUAUCCCCACAAUAACCCUGGGAGUGCCCAAUACUGAGAGAGGCCACUGUGGAAAGACGUUCGCCAUCUUGAAGCGUUUUCUGAGUGAGACCACUUGGAAGGCUGAUUGGCUGCUGAUCGUUGACGACGAUACUCUCAUCAAGUAA